AUAGAGCAGCCCCAUCUCAAAAAUGGAGAAAGACAGACAGACAAUGCUAUGGAAAGAUUGAAACUGAGGGAUGGGGCGAAGAACCCAUGCUGUUGAGAGAUUAACCAAAAGAAUCGCCUGAAACCAGGAAAGGGAAUAACAAUUAAAAUGUAAAUAAGAAAUACCCAAUUUAAUAAAGAUGGAGGGAAAGAAAAAAAGAAUCAUCUGAAUUCAAGAAGAAAUAACAAAAAAUGGCUUACCAAAAAAUUAGGGAAAAAAACCAUGAUGUCCACUGACUCAUUAAAAGGAUCGGGAUAUUUUCAUUUGUAUAUUACCAAUAGCACAAAUGAAAAGCAAAAGUUAAUCAAAACUACCAAGAGAAAAGCCGGCUUGGAUUUUAACAUGCCUGUCAUGCAAAAUCAGGACAGAACAUGUGGACGAAAACGAUUGAAAGGUCCAACACGCACAUGGCCUCUCCCAAAUUUACAAAAUAGUCUUUUAUAUAAGAAAUUAUUUUCUGUGUCUUGAACUUCAAGUCUGAAUAAGUGUCAGUCAGUUCAAAUUUUAUAUAAUGCUUUCUUACUUGGGCCCAGAGAUGUCAUUCCAGAUAUUUGGAAAUAUAAUUUUAAAUAACCUCAAAACAACCAUUAGUUAAACAAAACUUAAUGGAGCUGAGGUGGGGAGUGAUAAUUUAUGGAAUGCAGUUGUGUGUAGCCGGCAGGGUUUCCAGGAAACAAGCGGGUGAGGAGAAGCAAACGUAACACGUUAGGAAGUUAGUGGGAAGCAAAAAGUGAUACAAGUUUUUAAAAUGAUCAACACAUUCUGGGAUAAUCUUUAGCUAUGAAGGAAUUACUGACGUCGGUAGUGAUGUCUCUCACAUCUUUAGUUCUAGCCUUUAGGAGACAGAAUUUAGAUGCUCUCUGAGUUCUAGGCCAGCCUGGUCUACAUAGCAAGACACUGUUCUGGGGGAAGAAAAAGAAAAGUGGGGGCCGUGGGGAUCCUAGGGCCUAGUUCCUAAGGCCUGCAUUCCAGCGCUAGGGGUGUAGGCCUUGGGCAGCCUUGUCUACCUAGCGAGACUCCUUCUCAACACGGAAACAAUCUACACAUUAGUGAAGAAUGAGUCCCUUCGUGCUUCUGAGUGUAGAAAGUGGACUACGUUAGAAAAUAAAGACUAACAGCUUCAUUCACAGUCCUUGUCUUUGUAGUGGGGUUUUGGCCUUAACCACAGUUGGUUGAAUCAGUCCCUUUCUGAGGUGUAUAGAGGCCCCUUUCUCCCCUGGAGUAGAGAGUGAGGUGAUGACCUUUGUACAUAUUAGCUCCCAUAUGCAGAUAAAUAUUAGAGGUCCCUCCCUGGGUUGGAUUCGCUACUUUCCAGUAUAUGAACACUUACAAAAGGCCAAUGUUGCUAGCAUUUGGUUCUUUCUCCUGUGUCAUAUAGCGCCCCUAUCCAAUACCUUUGCUGACACCUUUUUGUUCCUUAAAGCUUUGAUCUCACUACUUCGUUUAAGUGAAAAGUAUUAUGACAGUUUUAGUUUGCAUUUUUCCUGCUGUAUGUAACUUGCAUCUAAUGCCAUAUUUUCCUAUUCUCAAAUAUUACAUCUUCUGUGGAACGUCUCAAUACCAUUUUCUGUUGAAUGACUGUUUUCCUGAUGGCUGUGUAAGACUUACAAUCCUCUAGACUAUGGUUUUAUCAGUUUUCUUUCUUUAUGCCUGGUUUGAAUUUGUAAACUUUGCAAUUCACAGUUGGAAGGCAUCUGUCUUGGUGUUAAUGCCUGUAAAUCAUUUCUUUCCAUUCCAAUAUAUUUUCCAAAACCCCACGCUUUCCUCUCAUGGUUUAUGAUUUAAAAUGUAAAUGCAGGACUCCGGGCAGCUUGGGCUGUGUCGAGUUAGGCAGGGGACACUGUGUUACUCUUCAUUGACGGUGACUUGGUGGUCUGAACACUUGAUCCUGUCAUUAAGCACAAACUCACAAGCUGGGUUCCUGUGUUUUUUGGACGUAUCCCCUCCCCUUUAAAAUCCGUUUUCCUUUUGAGAUAAGUCCUGCUAUUUAGCCAAGGCUAGCCUUCACCUCCCGAUCCUCCUGUCAGUCUCCCAUGUGUUGGAAUUACAGGUGUAACCCACCACACCCAGUUGAACCUCCAUCUGUCUGAUUUAUUGCCUCCUUUCCUCUCCCUCUGCUCCCUGCUCUUCUCCCCAUCCCCCACUCCUCUUUUUAAGACUUAAUUUUAUCUGGACAUGGUGCGCACACCUUUAAUCUCAGAGCUCAGGAUGCAGAGGCCGGUGGAUCUCUGUGAGUCUAAGGGGAGCUUGGUCUACACAGAGUUCCAGGCCAGCCAGGCCCUUGUAGCGAGAGUCUGCAGUCUCAUGUGUGUGGUCUGUGCCUAUGAGGGUAGAGGCCUUCAAAGACUUAGGUGGCACCAGAGGCAUCAGCUUGCCUGGCGCUGGAGUUUAGAUGGUUGUCGGGCAGGCACGGGGGUGUUAGGAACCGGGAACUGGACUGCGGUCCUCUGCAAAGCAUGCUCUUAAGCACUGAGCCGUCCCUUCAGCCCCCUCUUUUCUUUUAAAACUCACUCUGCGGCUUGUUUUGCGUUUUACAUGUAUGAGUAUUUUGCUUGCAUGCAUUGCCUAGUGCCCAAAGAAACAAGAGGAAGGCAUUGUAUCUCUGGGAUUGGAGUGACAAAUUGUGAGCCACCAUAUUGGUGCCGAGAGUUGAACCUGGGUCCUCUGGAAGAGCAGUCAGUUCUUUAAGUAUUGAGCUGUCUCUCCAGAUGCCUCAAAUAUUAAAUGCCAUAAUAUCUUCAGUAAUAAUAAUAAUAAUAAUAAUAAUAAUAAUAAUAUCAGUGUUAGAAACCUAUCAGAAGACAAACUAUCCAGUAACCCAGUGUGGUGUCUAAUACCUAUAGUUCUAGCAGAAGGGAGAGACUGAACCACAGGAAUCACAAGUUCCAAGCCAGCCCGGGCUGUCGUUCAAAUAAACAGAACCCACCAUUGUUGGGCUUCAGGGGUUCCCACAAACCAAAACUUGGAAAAAAAAUAGGCAUUAGAAUGAAAGAAAGAAAUUAUAACUCAUUAAGAAUCUGUGCACACAUGCUGUUAGACUGAAGAAACGGACCAAAGGAAAACUCUUCCUCACGUACGAACUCUCGUAGGGUUUUAUUGCUGUGAAGAGACACCAUGACCAGGGCAACUUUUAUAAAGGAAAUCAUUUCAUGGGGGCGGGCUUUCAGAGGUUCAGUCCGUUGUCAUCAUGCGGGAAAGGUGGAGGCAUGCAGGCAGCCGUGGUGUACCUUGAGCAUGGCCUCAAAGCCCUGCCUUCACAGCGAUACACUUCCUUGAAUAAGGACACACACAAUAUCGCUACUCCGUGUGGCCAAGCGUUCAAAUACAUGAAUCUACAGUAGCCACACCUAUUCAAACCACCACAAGAACAUAAGAAUACCGCGGAAACCAAUCAAUUAUUCUUUCAGAGACACCCACACCUAUGAUUUCAGGUGCUGUCAUUCUGAGCCACUCUCCUAACCCUCAUGCUGAAGCCUAUAUUAAACCCCAAGCCUGCUUCAUUAAAAGAAACCCACACCUUCAAAUUCUACCACCACAGAAACAAAGGCAGGUGGGUCCCUGAGUUCGAGGCCAGCCUGGUCUAUACAGAUUGCUGGCUAGCAAGGGCUGCAUAGAGUUGGUCUCAACUAAAUAUUUAAAAAAGAAAGAGGGGUUGGGGAUUUAGCUCAGUGGUAGAGCGCUUGCCUAGCAAGCGCAAGGCCCUGGGUUCGGUCCCCAGCUCUGAAAAAUAAAUAAAUAAAUAAGAGAGAAAGAAAGAAAGAAAAGAAAAGAAAAAAGAAAAGAAAAACUGGUAAAAACUGACUCAGGUAGAGGGUGAGGUGUGAUGGUGUGUGCACUUAAUGCCCACAUUCGGGAAGUUUGCUGGAGGAGCAAUUCAAGUCCAAGGUCAGCCUGGUGGUCACAGAGAAAUCCAGGGUCAAGGCCCUGGGUUCGGUCCUCAGCUCCGAAAAAUAGAAAUUAAAAAAAAAAAAAAAAGGAAAGAAAAGAAAGAAAUCCAGGGUCAUUUAGGGAGACCACGGCUUAAAAAACAAACAAUAGAUGUCCAAACUAGUGUAAGGGACGUGGUUCAGCAAGUGCUCCAUGCUGGACCUCAAAGCAUCAGGGAGUCAGUUUGUCCAACGCCAGAGUUACUGCUCUAAGCCUAAAGACUUGGCCAUUUCGGCCCAACCCUGGAACCUGGAGUCAAACUGUCCCCCUCAGUCCAGGCCCGCACAAGAUGCCACUGAAACCUCCCUCCUCCCCGCGGUUCCCUUGCGCGCAUGCGCACUGCUGCAGAGUCGCACACAAGCCCUCCCACCCCUUGCCCCAGUCCUUGAGCUGGGGUCCUGGCUCUGGAAGCCCAGAACCCAGUCAAAUCUAGUGGCGCUCAGUCUCUGGUUUGAGAUCUGAUGUCCCAGCGCCUUCAGUAUCACCACCCAUAGCACUUUGGUGCCACGGCGGCAGCGCUGAGAGGCCCGGGUCACCGCUGCUGCCGGGCCAGCGCACUCGCAAUCCACCCUUCGGGGUCCGUCACGGGGGUGGUCCCGGUGCUUCUGCGUCCUACGCUCUUCUCCGGGGACCUUUUCUGAGGAUCCCUGGGACUCGGGUGGCGGUUCGUGGGUGCGGUUUACGUGCUACACCUAAACCCCGGCCUGGUUGAGGACCGAGAAGGCGGGGGCCGCGAUUUGCAUCUUGGAGAUACCCAGUGCAGAACCUCAGAUUCCCCGCAGACCUGAGGAGCUGAAAGCCGGGGACACAUCUGACCUAGAGGCCGGGCAGCCCCCAGAGUGGUAACCCGGGGAAGCAGGGUGGCCGAAGCAGCAAACUCGGGCACGAUGACCGUGGGCUGCUGCAGUCUGUCUCGCUUGCGGGGAUACAUACCAGUGGGGUCAGCCGGGACCCCUGACGCGUGGAAUGGGGUUCUGAUCAAGUUCAGAAAAGCAUAGGGGUGAAGCCAGAGAGCGUGGUGGCACACACCUGUCCUCUCAGGAUUUGGAGGUGGAGGCAGGAGGAGAAGGCGCUCUGCUGCCUAACAUUAGGUUGCAAGAGACCCCUCCGAAAGAAAAACAAACAAGGCCUGGAGUGUCUUCAAUUCACUUUGCCUCUUCAGAAGAGGCAGCCACGACUUCUGUUUAUAAGCGAGUUAUGUCUCUAGCCUCUGUGAACGGCUUCUCCAGGUCAUGAUCCUUGAUGAAGGACAAGCCAGUUCUUGCAAAUCCAGAAUCAUGGCUCAUAGUAUGGUGAUGUUCCGAGAUGUGACUGUGGACUUUUCUCAGGAAGAGUGGGAGUGCCUGAGUUCCUACGACAGGGAUCUGUACAAAGAUGUGAUGCUGGAGAACUAUAGCCACCUAGUGUCACUGGCAGGAUGUUCCAUUUCUAAGCCAGAUGUGAUCAGCCUGUUGGAACAAGGGAAGGAGCCCUGGAUGAUUGUGAGGGCUGAGAAGAGAAGGUGGAGCCAAGAUCUGGAAUCCAGAUACAGAAGUAAAGUGUUAUUUCCAGAAAAGAACACUUACGGAAUUAAUUUACCUCGGUGGGAGAUAAUGGAGAGAAUUAGGAGGCGUGGCCUCGAGGACUCCCUUUUUGGGAAAGAUCUUGAAUAUAAAAUAUUUGAAGAACAAGAGAACUCUCGUAGGGUAUAUUUCAGUCACGUGAAAAAAAACACCCCGGGAAAGAGACCUCCGUCCAGAAAACGCACCUCUGUCGGCCUCUGUCAGAAAAGUGCUAACGGAGAAAAGCCCUACGAGUGCGGGGAGUGUGGGAAGGCGUUCAGAGUGCGCCAACAGCUCACCUUCCACCAGAGGAUCCACACGGGCGAGAAGCCCUACGAAUGCAAGGAGUGCGGCAAAGCCUUCCGCCAGUGCGCGCACCUCAGUCGUCAUCAGAGGAUCCACGCCUCCGACAAACUCUACGAGUGUAAGAAGUGCGCCAAGAUCUUCCCGUGCAGCCUGGACCUUCGAGGGCACCAGAGGUCUCACGUGGGCGAGAAGCCCUACGACUGUAAGGAGUGCGGGAAGGCCUUCCGAGUCCGAGGACAGCUCAGCCUCCACCAGAGGAUCCACACCGGCGAGAAGCCCUACGGGUGCACCGAGUGCGGGAAGAGCUUCCGGCAGGUGGCGCACCUCACUCGGCAUCAGAGGCUCAACGGCGGCGGCUCGCGCCACGAGUGCAAGGAGUGCGGCCAGGCUUUCCUGUGCAGCACGGGCCUCCGGCUGCAUCACAAGCUGCACACCGGGGAGAAACCCUACGACUGCAAGGAGUGUGGGAAGGCGUUUCGGGUGCGGCAGCAGCUCACCCUGCACGAGAGGAUCCACACCGGCGAGAAGCCCUUCGACUGCAAGGAGUGCGGCAAGAGCUUCAGCCGCGGCUACCACCUCACCCUUCACCAGCGCAUCCACACCGGGGAGAAGCCUUACGAGUGUCAGGAGUGCCGCAAGUUCUUCCGCCGGUACUCGGAGCUCAUUUCCCACCAAGGCAUCCACGUUGGGGAGAAACCCUAUGACUGUAAGGAGUGCGGAAAGGCUUUCAGGCUCUUCUCCCAGCUGACUCAGCACCAGAGCAUCCAUUUUGGGGAGAAACCCUAUAAAUGUCUGCAAUGUGAGAAGACUUUCAGACUCCUCUCACAGCUCACGCAACACCAGAGCAUCCACACGGGCGAGAAGCCCUACGACUGUAAGGAGUGCGGGAAGGCCUUUCGGCUCCACUCGUCCCUUAUUCAGCACCAGAGAAUCCACUCUGGCGAGAAACCAUACAAGUGCACCGAGUGUAAGAAGUCCUUCCGUCAACACUCACACCUCACCUACCAUCAGCGAAUUCAUAAGAAUUCUUAAGGAUCCUUCCACGAACCCUUGCAUUGCAAAUUAAGGAGCGUUAGAAAAUUAGAAAAUCAAAGAAGGAAAAAAGGUUUUAGUCCUUUUUUGCUCUGUGUUCACGAGUAACAGCAUAAGAGGUUUCAGUCAAAGGAAAAAAGGUUAAACUUUUGGAAAUCCUUUCGUAAACGUAUAAAAAAUAUUCUGUACUGUAUGCCUACCUAAGGGGAUAGUCAGGGUACCAACUCAUUUUGAAAAUUAAUAAAUAAAAAGAAGUGUCGUUUAGCGUGCAUUACCUGCAUAAGCUCUCAGAGCUACUGAAAGUGGUUGAGGUACAGUUCUUUUUUUUUUUUUAAAGAUUUAUUUAUUAUAUAUAAGUACACUGUCAGCAGUCAGUGCUCUAAACCCCUGAGCCAUCUCUCCAGCCCGAGGUACAGUUUUCGAUUAGAGAGUUUCAUCAGAAUCACGCAGAGUCAUAUGGAAUUAGGAGGUUGUAUCAGGAAACCCAUUUUGUAACGCACAAUAGAGCAGGGAUUCUCAACCUGUGGGUCGUGACCCCUUUGAGGUUAGACCCACUCUUUCACAGAGGUCACCUAAGACCAUCGAAACACAGAUUUGCAUUACGAUUCAUAACAGUAGCAAAAUUACCGUUAUGAAGUAGCGACAAGUAAUUUUAUGGUGAGGGUCAGCACAACAGGAGGAGCUGUGUUAAAGGGACUCGGCAUUAGGGAGGUUGAGAAGCACGGCUUUAGAAUUUAGCCAUUGGGCGAUAGACUGGCUUGUACUUGCUAGUAAAUCGGUCGGGCUGGCAGCAUCUGGACGCACUGAUCCAUCUCGCCACCAAUGUAGCACAGGAAAGCAUUCCGUGCCUUGCACUGGGACAGUGUGACAUUGACACCUAACUAGACGCAACCAACCUCUAAACCAAUGAGACAACCACCAACAAUUUAAAAAAAAAAAAAAUUAGCUUGGGCUGGAGAGAUGGCUCAGCGGUUAAGAGCACUGACUGCUCUUCCAGAGGUCAUGAGUUCAAUUCCCAGCAACCACAUGGUGACUCACAACCAUCUGUAAUGGGAUCUGAUGACCUCUUCUGAGGUCUGUCUGAAGACAGCUACAGUGUACUUAUAUAUAAUAAAUGAAUAAAUCUUUUAAAAAAAUGAGCUUAAAAAAAAAAGUAUAAUCUAGGCCAGAUCUUCACAAUCCUUCUCGUGUGUUCUUUAAGCCUUUUGCAUAUUGAAGAUGGAAGUGAAAUCUGUUUAUACACUUUUUUUCUUUUUUUUUUUUUUUUUUCCCGGAGCUGGGGACCGAACCCAGGGCCUUGCGCUUCCUAGGCAAGCGCUCUACCACUGAGCUAAAUCCCCAACCCCUGUUUAUACACUUUUUUAAAAAAAUACUUUCUUAAAAGUAAUAAAGACUUUUUUAUGGGCA